GAAAUUUCUUAUUACAUGGGUCUGAAUUUGGGAAAGAUCAACAUAAAAAGGUUUGCUGAUGGAGAAAUUUAUGUUCAACUUCAAGAAAGUGUUAGAGGUGAUGAUGUUUACUUGGUGCAACCAACCGGUCCUCCAGCAAAUGAAAACCUCAUGGAACUUUUAGUAAUGAUAGAUGCUUGUCGAAGGGCAUCGGCUAAGUCUGUAACUGCGGUUAUUCCAUAUUUCGGUUAUGCAAGAGCCGAUAGAAAGACACAAGGACGCGAAUCUAUCACUGCCAAACUUGCGGCUAACCUUAUAACAGAAGCAGGAGCAGAUCGCGUUUUAGUUUGUGAUCUUCAUUCUGGCCAGUCCAUGGGCUACUUUGAUAUCCCGGUUGACCAUGUUAGUGGUCAGCAUGUACUUCUUGAUUAUCUUGCAAGCAAGAAGAUCAACUCAAAUGAUCUAGUGGUAGUCUCACCCGAUGUGGGGGGUGUAGCUCGAGCUAGGGCUUUCGCAAAGAAGUUAUCCGAUGCCCCUUUAGCAAUUGUAGACAAAAGGCGACACGGGCAUAAUGUUGCAGAGGUUGUGAAUUUAAUAGGUGAUGUAAAAGGAAAAGUUGCGGUUAUGUUGGAUGACAUGAUCGACACUGCUGGUACUAUAAGCGAAGGCGCGGCUCUUUUGCAUAAAGAAGGUGCUAAAGAAGUUUAUGCUUGCAGCACUCAUGCGGUUUUCAGUCCUCCCGCGAUAGAAAGGUUGUCAAGCGGCCUAUUUCAAGAAGUAAUCGUUACAAAUACUAUACCAUUGGCUCAAAAGGAUUUUUUCCCACAAUUGAGAGUUCUUUCGGUUGCAAAUCUUUUGGGAGAAACCAUUUGGUGUGUCCAUGGUGGUUGUUCUGUUAGUAACCUUUUUCAGUAA